AUGUCGUCACGUAGUCGUAAUCCGCGUGCUGGAACCGCUCCAAGCAACAGCCGGCAUUCGAUCGCCGCAACGCCUAUUCGAGCUACUCAAGAUGCGCUGCCACCUUACAAAAAGCCGUCGCACCCUCUGGACAGCGAGGCCCAACGCGCAUUACGAGAGUUGAACGGCCGUACCCUCGGAGAGGUCAAGAAGCACAAUACUGCUGCUGUGACCACGAUCAGAAGCACGGCAGAGAACGUCAACGACAUGCUGAGCGAGCAUCAACGGUACUUCGAGGCACGCAGCAAGAAGUGGGAUGCUGGCAAGAAACUGGACGAGAGGGCAGACGAGGAGGCCACCAUGGCAGAUCUUCAGCUGAAAGUCGACAAGGUCACAGCGGAAUUGGAGGAGAGUAUGCGUGCUGUGAUCGACUCCAGCGUCGCAGCACAGCGGAUCGAGGACGCACUCGAAUGGCUCCGGCAGAACGCGCCUAAGCAGCUCGAGGAAGAGUACGAAACACAGACGACACAGCGCCAGACCCAACGAAGACAGACGCAGAGGACAGAAGAGGGCAGCGAUGCAGACUCCGAUGCAGAAAUUCAGAUGACCGAGGGCCCAACGCCUGGCCCAACACCUCUUGACGGCUCUCGCGUGGUGCUCACCGGCUCGGUGGAGAUGUUCACAGACCGUAUGGAGCGCAAGAAGAACGAUUACACUUCUCUUUCCCUUACCGCACGGUACGCCAAGCACAACGAGUACCGUGACUUCAAGCGAGUCGUACAUGAUGCUCGAUACGGAGAUGAUGGGCCAGUGCUCGGGCAUGAAGACACGUGGUUCACGGAGUCUGGGGAGCCACAGUUGGGCGUUACACAGACUCGUGGAGGUGCCUUUGACGACGAUGACGACGAUAUCGUCAUGGACAAGGCGACUAUCAGUACCAAGUGUCCGAUCACAUUCCAGCAGUUCAAGGAGCCAUACACAAGUAACAAGUGCCCGCACACGUUCGAGAAGAACGCUAUACUCGACAUGAUCCGCCGUAGCGGCUCGAACUUCGGAAGGGGAGGGGCUAGAUCUGUAGCCUGCCCCAUACCCGGGUGCGAUCAGCAUCUCUCCGCCGAAGACCUACGCUCCGACCCCAUCCUCGUCAGGAAGAUCAGGCGCAUGCAGCGCGCCGAGCUGGAGGAGAGUCAGCUGGACUCAGAUGCCGAGGAUGACGAUGAAGUGCAAGCUCCAGCGAGCUCGCAGAUGAGCGGGCACGGCAACUCGAGAAUGCAGGUCCCUUCCUCACAACGGCCGCCUCAGAGCUCUAUCAUUGAAGAUCUAGGGGAUCCUAGCGACGAGGAAGACGACGAGUAG